GGGUCCCUGCCGUCUCCCCAGACGCGAGCGCUGUGCGGGGCAGCGGCGAAGGCGGCGGCUCCCAGCCGAGUUCUGCCUCCGCGUCCCCGCCAGCCCCGGAGCCUGCGGGGGGCGCAGAAGGUCCGUCCCGACCCGGCGAGAGGAUGGUCAUCCGCGUGUUCCUCGCCUCCUCCUCGGGCUUCGUGGCGAUAAAGAAGAAACAGCAGGAUGUGGUUAGAUUUCUGGAAGCCAACAAGAUAGAGUUUGAGGAGGUGGACAUCACAAUGUCAGAAGAGCAGAGGCAAUGGAUGUAUAAGAACAUCCCCCCGGAGAAGAAGCCUGCUCAGGGCAACCCUCUGCCACCUCAGAUAUUUAAUGAUGACCAAUACUGUGGAGAUUAUGACAGUUUUUUUGAAUCCAAGGAGAGCAACACAGUCUUUUCAUUCUUAGGCCUGAAAUCACAGUUGGCGUCAAAGGCAGAACCUUAGCGAAGACAAGUGGAAGAGAUGGAGAUGCAUUUCAGAGUCCCCUCUGGUACUUGGCGCACACCUGCUUACCUAAUGCAUCACUGUGACAGAAGCCACAUGCGUUAUCAGUAACUUUGCUUGCCAUGGAAAAGGUGUUUGGGGAAGACUUGGGUCUAAUGGGAUUGCAUGAUUGCUUUAAACCAAAUCAGGACUGUGGUGGGUUUUUUCCUUAUUUUCAGAGUUACCUGCAGUUGCCUCAGUUUACCCAGAGGAACUGUCACCUGUUCGAGGUGUGCUUCCUGAAUGACUGAGUGAUAAGCGGGUGGCACCAUCAGAGAGAAAAUACUGGGUCUGCCCUGGUUUGUAGUUGAUGCCAGGAUUGCUCAAACCUGCUUCUCUUCUAACUACCUAGGUGAAAUCCUUGGAAUUAGCCUGCCAGGCUUUUAGAAUAUUUUGAUCAGAAAGAAAAAUAGCAAUGUUGGUUGACAAAGGGCUGAAGGUCUUGGCUGCAGAAUCACAAAUAUUCCAGUGCUUUGUCAUAACUGUAGAAAAAGUUAGAUGCUCUAGCCUCCUUUUGGUGA